GUGAGAUCCAGGCCAAUGUAUUUCUGCCUGGAGGUAUGCUGUACUGCCUUGACUACAGCCUUAAGGAAUGCACCUGCAUCUGUUUCUGAAGCUCUGUGUGAGCUACCGUAUGUGUGUGCCUACAUAUAUUCUGCAAAUGCCUCUGUACCAAUAGCAUUUACAAUGUUAAUGUCUGCUGUAAAGAAUCCACGAGGUCGCCUGCUUCUUAUUUUCUUGGCAGUCCUAAUAACAAGCUUUGCCGUUCAUCAACAUUUUACAAAGGUUUUACACUGUCACCUCCAUUCUGAGCAAUCCACAGAACAGUUUGAGGAGAAUUUUAGUACUAGUGCAAUAGAAGAUGAUGUCCCAGAACUAGAACUCAUCCAAAGAAUAUCUAAUAUGUUUCCUUCAGUUCAAUUUGAUCAUUUACACAACACAUCUUGUGCCAGAAACAGCAGAGCUACUGUCAUAAAUGCAAAAGAUAAGUAUUGCAUUGGAGACAAUUUAACUAUUGAAAUUGUGAUGUAUGACUUUAUAGGCAAUAAAAAACAUUAUGGAGGAGACUUUAUAAGGGCAAGAAUAUUUAACACCAAGCUUGCUGCUGGAGCCACUGGGAGGAUUGAGGAUUAUAACAAUGGAACUUACCAUGUUUAUUUUACCUUAUUUUGGGAAGGACAAGUGGAAGUUUCCUUGUUACUCUACCACUCAAGUGAAGCCGUUUCAGCAUUAUGGAGAUCAAGAAACCAGGGAUAUGGUCUCAUAAAAUUUAUUGGAACUUUUGAAAAUGGAAGUAAAUAUGUUACAACUGAAUGUGGUUUCCAAGUGGACAAGGCAGGCGAAAAAUGUACUUAUGAAGAUACAAAAUAUAAUGAGUUAUUUUACUGUACUAAACCAGCAAAUCUGUCAUGUGGGUCCUUAGCAUUUCUGCAGUCCUUUAACGAGGAUCAUUCAUUCUUCAGCAACCUUCAGAAGUCUCUCUUUAACAGAGAUAAUAUGAGCGUUGAAAUUGAAAAACAGUUCCAACAUUUCGAUGUGUCCAACUGCAGCGUUAUCAGAGCAUUUCCUCAAGCAAAAUGCAAGGUCGGCAUUGAAUCACCAUAUCCCAGUGGUUUCAUUCUACAGGAUAUAUGGACACCUUUAUUCUGCAGGCUCUCUUCCUUUCCAAGCACAGAUGAUAUAAAUUCUUGCCUUACAGACAAGAUGAUAUAUCUGCUGGGUGACUCCACCUUGCGGCAGUGGUUUAUACACUUGGUUAAUAUGCUGAAAAACCUAAAGAAUUUCAACCUUCAUAGAACUGGGCUUGAAUCCAUGCUGCUGGCAAUAGAUCCAGAGAAGAAUAUCCUGCUGCAGUGGAAAAAACACAGUCAUCCAAUUGUUGCGAGCCGCUCCUACUCUGUUAAAGAUGAUGCCUAUAUUAGCGAGGAGAUUGAUCGCCUUGCUGGAGGCCCCAACACUGUAAUUGCAAUCACCGUCGGUCAACAUUUUAGGCCUUUUCCUAUUCGUCUCUUUAUCAAAAGAGUUAUUAAUAUACGAAGGGCAUUAGAAUCUCUUUUUAUUCGUAGUCCAGAAACCAAAGUAAUUAUUAAAGCAGAGAAUACCAGAGAGUUUAAUCUUGAUGUAGAGAGAUUCAGUGACUUCUAUGGUUAUAUUCAGAACCUUAUUGUGAAGGAAAUAUUUCAAGAUCUCCCUGUUGCUGUUGUAGAUGCAUGGGACAUGACUAUUGCUUUUAAUUCGAAUGAUGUUCAUCCAGCGGAAAAUGUCAUCAGGAACCAGAUCAACAUGUUUCUAACAUACAUCUGCUAGAUUAUGGAAUGAUUUGUGCAUUUUACAGUACAAUUUAUUAAAAAAAACUAUAUAUAUAUUUUAAUUACAGCUUAAUCAUGUUAUACAAAAAGGGUAAGACAUAGGAGGUUAUUUAUAAAGGUCUGAAUUUAUCUCAAUAUGGGCUGCUACAAACUCCGAUCUAACCCCUCGGAUUUUUAACGCUUAUUUAUCAAUGGGACUGUUACCAUUGACUUUUAUGCAA